UGUUCAGCAAAGCUGCUGUGUCUGACUGCAGCAUCUUCAGUCAUCAAAAAAACUGCCUCCGAUUUGUUCCUAAUGAUGGCUUUUGCAGAUAACACCAUGGCUAUCUGGACAGAUUACUUGGGACAAAAUUCUCUCCUGGAACCUCUAUGGGACACCCUGAGGCUAAACUACCGGGACUAUGUGAGAUCUCCACUUUUCCCCAUUGUGCUAACCGUCUCUUCGUAUUUCAUCUUCUGCACUCCUUAUCUUGUUUGUGACAUCAUGGGGGAUAGAUGGCCAUGGGUGCAACAGUUCAAGAUACAACCUAGCCACCGGCCGACAGCUUCUACAUUGCUGCACUGCACCGGUGUCACCUUGUACAACCAUGUGUUUCUCGUGCUCCCUGCUUCAGUGGCUCAAUGGUUAUGGAGACCACCGGUGGACCUCCCGGACCAGGCUCCCAAACUGCUAGAGCUGAUUGCUGGGGUGAUAGGCAACCUCCUUCUCUUUGACUUCCAGUACUUUAUUUGGCACCUGCUCCAUCAUAGGAUCCACUGGCUGUAUGUCACCUUUCAUGCUAUUCACCACAAGUACUCCGCUCCCUUUGCUCUUGCCACCCAGUGUCUGGGUGGCUGGGAGCUGGUCACAGUUGGGUUUUGGACCACUCUAAAUCCUGUCAUCCUGAAAUCUCAUCUACUCACCACAUGGGCUUUCAUGAUAAUGCACGUGUAUGUUUCGGUGGAGGAUCACUGUGGCUAUGAUUUCCCCUGGUCCACAUCUCGUCUGAUACCGUUUGGCAUGUACGGAGGACCCAGCAAGCAUGAUGUGCACCAUCAGAAACCCAAUACUAAUUUUGCACCUCACUUCAGUCACUGGGACAGAAUAUUUGGCACACAUGCCGACUUCAGCUUCUGUAAUGCUAUGAAAUAGCAUGCAUUUGACAGCUAGUUGUAUUAUAGGCUUGUGCUAUAGUAUGGCUGUGCAUGACAUUUUUCUUAUAAAAACACAUAAACAAAUGCAUGAAGUUAAUGAGCUGCUUUAUUGAAUAUGCAUCAGGUCUUUUCUUGAGUGUGUUUCAAUAUCCAGUAAGUAUGC